GAACGGCUGCUUUGUGUUGGCUUUGGCUCUGUAAAUGAAGCAGAGAGAAGAAACAGCUCUGUUUGUGUGCGGCGCAGGGGCUGUCCCUGCAGCAAUGCAGCUGGCCUGCUGUAACAUGCUGUCUAUUCCUUCUGCCCGACACCGGCCACCAAAAAGGCUCUGCUGUGGACUUCAGCAGGAGCAAGGCAAGGCUUGCUUUGACCCCUCGGGAACACAGACAAGCCCAGGACAUCAUCUCAGAGCAUCAUAAACAGCCACAUCCCACUCCAAUGAGGAGGGCUUACGCCUGUCCCCCAUAUACACGGUCGGGGCAGGGCUACGAGCAAGCUCUGGAGAUGCUUGAUGCAUGACCCCAUCCCUACAGGCUCAGCUCGGCCACAACGCUGUGUUCAGCUGGAUGGAGCAGGGAGGGGAGGAUGGUUGACUGCAAUGAGCCCUACUCCUUCUCCAGCAGGUUCCUGGGCCACAUCCUUCAGCUGGGUUUUGUCAAGCACCUGCUGAAGAUCCUUCAGAAAGCCUUGGUCCUGAUUGGAUUUGUGGUGCCUGUGGAAACCGUUAUCAGCAAAAUCUACCCCGUGCGGUCUCCCACCAGGUCUGGACGACUCGCCAAGAAGCGCUGGGGGAGACUAACGCGCCUUCUCCUCUCCAUUGUCCCUACUAGGAUCCAGAACAUCCCAGCCUACCUGCCAGCAGAUUGGGGCCAAGGCAAUGCGCCCAAGGAGAUCCUAGAAGCUCUGAUUAACCCAUGUAGCAAAGCAAACAAGAGGAAGCGUGAUGACGUAGCUCUGGAGGAGCAGGAGUCCUGGUUGGUGCUACUGGAGAGGGACCUGCCAGAGGAUGACUCUGAAGACUCCACGUACGAGCCCUCAGACGAGGAAACGGACAGUGAAGAGUUCAGGUCCCACAACGAUACUGAGGCAGACCUGGAGCUCGAUGAGCAGGAUGGGACUGUUGCGUUGAAGGAGUCAUCAGAUCUCCAGGAUAAACGGGAACCCUGACCCAUGGACCUGGACCUCUGCUGUGGCUGCCAAGUUCCUGGCUCUCUGGGGUGGCUGUGUCCUCAAGUGAGAUGUCCUAUUGAAUGCUAUGUUGAUCUUUU